AUGAGGCUUUUCUCAAACCAUCGAAAUUCAGUUGAAUCUGAAGAAGUACCUUCGAGUAGGAAAUCUAAAAGACCACCAAACAGUGCUUUCAGGCAACAGAGAUUGAAAGCAUGGCAGCCGAUCUUAUCCCCACAGUCAGUUCUCCCGCUAUUGAUUAUAGUAGCGGCUAUCUUUGCACCAAUCGGAAUCGGGCUCAUAAUAACUGUCAAUAACGUUCAAAAUUUAAGUAUCGACUACAGUGAUUGUCGGACGCUAGCUGGAGGGAGUUAUAUUAACAUCCCAUCGAAAUAUGUGAGAUACCACUUCAAGGGUAAGCCAUCUGCUGCUCCCCAAUGGAAAGUGAACUCAGCAGAUGGUAUAACCAAGUGCUACCUAAAGUUUGAAGUUCCAAACGAUAUUAAGAAAUCUAUUUACAUCUAUUACAAAUUGACCAACUUUUACCAAAACCACAGAAAGUACGUUUCUUCGUUUGAUAUCAGGCAAUUAAAAGGUGAAGCAGUGGAUACUGAUGACUUAGUCAGUGAGUGUAAACCGCUCAAGGAAUCUGACGGUAAGGCGAUAUAUCCAUGCGGUUUAAUCGCUAAUUCCCUCUUUAACGAUACCAUUUCAUUAUCCUUGAACAACACGUCUAACGAAAACGACUCAUAUGAGUUAACGAACAAGGGAAUUUCAUGGAGUACCGAUAGGAAGAGGUACAAGAAGACGAAAUACAACGCUUCUCAGAUAGUGCCUCCUCCAAAUUGGAGUAAAAAAUACCCAGACGGUUAUACUGAUGAUAAUAUUCCAGACGUUUCAACAUGGGAAGAACUACAAGUAUGGAUGAGAACUGCAGGUCUACCCAAGUUCUAUAAACUAGCUGCAAAAAACGAAACUAGCACGUUGAAAAAGGGUACUUACGAAACCACUGUCGAGUUAAAUUAUCCAGUACAGAUCUUUGGAGGAAGUAAAUCUUACAUCUUGACAACAAAUAGUAUUAUCGGUGGCAGAAACAUGUCGCUAGGGAUAGUAUACCUUAUCGUGGCCGGUAUUGCAAUCUUGUUCGGUGUAAUAUUUGUCAUUAAAUUGAUUAUCACUCCAAGAAAGAUGGGAGAUCACACAUUCUUGCACUUCGCGGAACAAGACGAUGAAAGUCAACUUCCUGCUUCCUCUUCAACCACAUAA